GGUUGUAAAGGGGUUCAUGGGCUCGGGUUCAUAGGGCCGGAAGAGAAAAAAAAAAGAAAAAUGGGCUAAUUUUGGUGACCCGACUCUUAGCGGUGAUCCGUCCGUAUCCGAGUUCAAGGCACGUGUCGCGGUGAGAUUGGGCCCGUGUUUUCGAGUUGAAGCGGAGUAAUUCGCGAAACCUUUCAUUUUCUUUUAUUCCGCAAAAGCUAGGGUUUCUUUCUCCUCUAGGCGAUUCAGAGGCGAUUCUCGUGCGACGCCGAUUCCCGGAGCUUUUCACCAUCAAAUCGACGACGAACGGUUUCCUCCACGAGCUCAGAUGGAUCCCGCAGCUGAGAGAAGAGACAUGAAGAGGAACAUUGAGUACAACAACAGCUUGCAAUAUGUGGCUGAUUCGGAGUACGGGAUACCGACAAGGUGUUACUGUGGUGGGAGAAUGAUUGACGAGGUUCAGGGGAAGGAGGAGAGAGACACUCUUCCUGGGAAGCGCUUCUUCACAUGCAUAAACUACCAGGCUGAUGGACUCCAUUAUCGUCAGCCUUGGGUUCAUGGUGUCCAGGAGGAGAUCGAGAAGUUCACUAACCGCCUGGAGGCGGCUGAGAAGGUGAUCAAGGAGGUGCCCAUCCUCAAUCAACAGAUUGAGUCACUUGAGGUUAAGAGGCUCUCUGGCCAGGUGGAUGUUCUCAGUGUGAAGGUCGCUGACCUGGAGAUGGUCUGCUUCGAUUGAAAAGCAAAGGUCACGGGCUGCAGUUGAAGUUGUAUGGCAGGAAGGGAAUGCACAUGUUUAUUAGCUUUAUGGUUGUUGUGUUUCAUGGGAAAGUGUAGUAUUUUGUUUCUUUCUACACUUCAUUUCAAUUAACUUGUCUUGUUUCUUUGUACUUUGUACUUGUUUGGUUGCUCACGGGUAGCAACCACAUGAUUAGAACUUGU